GGCUCUUUAUCUUCAAAACCAGUGUCGCACUUUGCCUAUUGCUUAGUUCAUUGAGAUGCAGCAUUACAUUCAAAUCUGUUUUGACAAUAAUAGAUAUUUCAAUGUGUGUGGUAGCUUUGAUCAAGUGUCUGCCUAAAUGGAGUUAUUCCUACUUAGUCAAAGGACUAAAAUGAACUGUGAAUAUGAUCUUUGCUUCUUUUUUUUCUCUCUUGGUUCUUCAGGAAUCCGACAAUAUCAGAGUUCCAUUUUUCUUGAAGGUGAGGAUAUAAAUAUGAGCAUUUCACAUGCUGCUGAUUCUAUUGGUUUGAAAGAGAUACCAAGAUAUGAAGUUAAAAUUAUUGAGGAGGAUGACUGGAUGAAAGGAGCUCAGUUUGGUGCUGCCUUUGCCAUUGGAGUCGAUAUAGAUUCACAAGCAAUUGCAUCAGCAUCUGAAAAUGCUACUCUGAAUAACAUCAGAUCAGACAAGCUGCAACUGCACUUGAUUGCAAGCCAAGAGUUGUCGAGGGAGAAAAUGCUUUCGAGAUAGACACAGUCAUUCACAAGGAUAAAUAUGAUGUGGUCAUCGCAAACAUACUUUUAAAUCCUCUGUUAAAUCUUGCUGAUCAAAUUAUCUUUUCUGCAAAGCCUGGAGCAAUUAUUGGUCUCUCUGGAAUCUUAAGUGAACAGGUCCAGAACUUAUUACAAAAAUAUUCACUAUUCUUAGAAGGCAUAGAAGUGUCGAAAAUGGAUGACUGGGCCUGUGUGAGUGGCAGAAAAAGAAAGAAUAUAGAUAUCUGCUGAUUCGUUGCUGUAGAUGCUUG